GAGAGAGCCCUCUCGACUGUGUUUCAUCAAUCAUCGUCUUCUUCAGUUUUUUCGGCUUCUUGUUUUGGAAAGCUCUCAAAUGGCGCGAAUGCUAUGGACAAAGAUCUUUCAUCUUGGAGGAGGAAGGAUCGUUCAGGUUGAGGGCGUAAUGGACUGGUGGAACAGCAUUAAUGAAUCGGAUCAAUUGCAGGGAGGCAUUUACUUUGCCCUUUGUGCCGCUUAUGCCUUGCUCUCCGUUGCUGCUCUGGUGCAACUUGUGCGCAUUCAGUUGAGAGUACCUGAAUAUGGAUGGACCACACAGAAGGUUUUCCACUUGAUGAAUUUUGUAGUCAAUGGAUCAAGGGCUCUCCUUCUCGGUCUGUACCAAUCUGUUCUCCUCAUUAGACCAAAGGCACUGGAACAGGUGUUAAUGGAUCUUCCAGGUGUUCUGUUUUUCUCUACUUAUACAUUGCUUGUCUUGUUCUGGGCAGAGAUAUAUCAUCAGGCGAGAAGGACGCCAGCUGAUCGACUUAGGCCUGCUUAUUUUAUUAUAAAUGGAAUCAUUUACUUCACGCAGGUUUGCAUCUGGAUUUCCAUUAGCAUAAGUAGAACUUCUGCUUCAAUGGAAGCUGCUCAGCUCUUCCUUUCAGUUAUUUCAUUCUGUGCUGCUUUUGGAUUCUUGUUGUAUGGUGGGAGGCUGUUUUUCUUGCUGAGACGCUUCCCCAUUGAAUCCAGAGGUCGUCAGAAGAAGCUUUAUGAGGUUAGCUCUGUCACAAGUAUAUGCUGUGCUUGUUUCAUGAUCAGAUGUGUUUUGCUUGCAAUCUCUGCAUUUGAUAAGAAAGCAGAUCUUGAUGUUUUGGAUCAUCCCAUUCUGAACCUACUGUAUUACUUGACAGUAGAAAUUAUUCCAUCCGGUUUGGUGCUCUUCAUUCUGAGAAAGCUGCCUCCGAAAAGAAUAUCUGAUCAAUACCAGCCCAUCAGAUGAGCUCUUCUUAAUUUCUAUUAGCAUCCCACGACCCUUUUAUCUCUUUAACCAAAAAAAAAAAAAAUCCAUUUAUUUUCUCAUUUUCUUCAAUGAAUGAAUUAUUGUUCGUUGUCUACUAUAACAGCGUAGCUGUUGCAUUUUGAUCGCCUUAUGGUUAUGGAGCAAUUCAUGACACCACUAUGUACGUAA